GAUUGAUCGAGGGUUGUCGGUGUAAUUGAUGUAGGACUAAUGGAUAGAGGGUAAACGUAUCUUAAUUGAGAUAGAUGUGAUGGCUGGAGGAAAGGAGGAACCACAUACUUUUGAUUUGAAGAAAGAGGUCGGAUUCAGUUCGUGUUCGUCGAUAUCUGAUAGUAGCUGUGAUGCUAACACUCCAAGAUCUCAUUACAAUCGUGGGAGCAGUUGUCAAACUAAGCGCUCAUCACAAGCAGGCUGGACGGACGAAGAGGACACUAUGUUAACUGGGGUUGUGAAGAAGUACAACGGAAGGAACUGGAAGAAAAUAGCUGAAUCUAUUCCAGGACGAUCAGAUGUUCAGUGCUUGCAUCGUUGGCAAAAAGUUCUUAAUCCUGAACUUGUUAAAGGGCCUUGGACCAAAGAGGAGGAUGAUCGUAUUAAGGAGUUGGUUGAGAAGCAUGGCUGUAAGAAAUGGUCACUUAUUGCGAAGCAUUUAGCUGGUCGAAUUGGCAAACAAUGCCGUGAGAGGUGGCAUAACCAUUUAGAUCCAGCCAUAAGGAAAGAAGCAUGGACAGAAGAGGAGGAAUCAACUCUUGCAUAUUACCACCAGAUAUAUGGGAACAGAUGGGCAGAAAUUGCUAGAUUUCUACCUGGAAGGACCGAUAAUGCAAUUAAAAAUCAUUGGAAUAGCUCAAAACGGAGAUUGGACCUAAACAUUCCUCCCGUUUUUCCUAGAAGAACUUCAUCUCCUGAGCAUACUGAAGUGAAAAAGGGAGGCACGGGAACACCAUUAGUAGAACAGAAUGCCGAUGAUAAGAAGUUACUUAACGUUUCCAACACCUGUUCAACAAAUCUAGCCCUCGGAAAUCGUAAAUUCGAUAUCACUGAUGAGGAUUGUAUGGGGUUUACUCGGUAUGCAAAAAUCCGUAAAGUUGAACCAUCGAUUCCUGAAUCGCCUAAAAGACUUGCAGUCGAUAGUGUCAAAGAUUUGAAACUCGGGAUUUCACCCGACACUUCAUUUCUAAGUCUAUCAACUUUUGGAACACCUUCUUACGGUUCGUUAUGUUACCAGCCUCCACAACUCAAGAAUUUGGCCAUUUCUUUAGAGAACAGUGGAUCUCCGAGCUCUGCCAACAGUUCUAUGCAACUAAACGGUCAGUUUUCGUGUUCGACUCCCCCUCAUCUUGCACUAAGCAUCUCUGUUAAUAGCAGCAGCCCAGAAUCUAUCUUGAGAAACUCGGCAAUGAGUUAUAAGAACACGCCUUCGAUUAUAAGGAAAAGAACUCCGAGAAGUGUCAACUGCUCGUCUCCGUCUACAUCUGGUCAUGAUUGCAGCAAAAAUGUGAAAACUAGUGAAUCAGAAAUCACGCAGAGAGGUCCAGACUCGUGGCUGCAUAGAUCGCAACCAUCUUUAGGAAGACGGCUGGACUAUAUGUUUGAUUCAGAAUGGGACCCGACCAUUGUUAGAUGUUGCACCCCUGGUUCUGUUACUCGAUCCCCGAAAGCAAACGUGAUGCUGACUCCGUGA